GCUUUAAAAGUCCUGGUUUGGUUGGAGCUAUGUGUAUAGUUAGUUUGUUUGUCUCAGUGGUUAAGUUUGUGGUAAAGAAUGGGCUUGAUUAAACUUACUCUUUUGGCGUUUCUUUAUCACCAUUUGCUAUGGCAAGACAGUCUGUGGAAGGGACACAGUAACUUGGUUGGUGCAUCUAAUUCUGUCCCCCUGGGAAAUGAUGGGUCUGGUUCUAACGGCACCACGACUCAGGAUGAUGGGUCUGGUUCUAAUGCCACCACGACUCAGGAUGAUGGGUCUGGUUCUAACGGCACCACGACUCAGGAUGAUGGGUCUGGUUCUAACGGCACCACGACUCUGGAUGAUGGGUCCGGUUCUAACGGCACCACGACUCUGGAUGAUGGGUCCGGUCCUAACGGCACCACGACUCUGGAUGAUGGGUCCGGUCCUAACGGCACCACGACGCAGGAUGAUGGGUCUGGUUCUAACGGCACCACGACUCAGGAUGAUGGGUCUGGUUCUAACGGCACCACGACUCAGGAUGAUGGGUCUGGUUCUAACGGCACCACAACUCAGGAUGAUGGGUCUGGUUCUAAUGCCACCACGACUCAGGAUGAUGGGUCUGGUUCUAAUGCCACCACAACUCAGGAUGAUGGGUCCGGUUCUAACGGCACCACGACUCUGGAUGAUGGGUCCGGUUCUAACGGCACCACGACUCUGGAUGAUGGGUCCGGUCCUAACGGCACCACGACUCUGGAUGAUGGGUCCGGUCCUAACGGCACCACGACUCUGGAUGAUGGGUCCGGUUCUAACGGCACCACGACUCUGGAUGAUGGGUCCGGUUCUAACGGCACCACGACUCUGGAUGAUGGGUCCGGUUCUACUGCUACCACGACUCUGGAUGAUGGGUCCGGUUCUACUGCUGCCACGACUCAGGAUGAUGGGUCUGGUUCUACUGUCACCACAACACUGGAUGAUGGGUCUGGUUCUGUAAACAGCACUAAGAGUCCUUCUGAAUACGUUUCAGGCGCUGUCUAGUUAUGUCCUGUCAAACGUGUUGUCUAACCAAAUAAAGUGGUUUUUAAUGAUU